CUGCCGCGCACGCGCACACUGAGGAGAUGCUCAUUGAAGAAGGGGGAGGGGCCAGCAUCUGGCAUGCUGAUGGCUAAGUAUAAGACCCCCCUGCAAGAAUGCGACCCGCACGAUCGACGAGUGGUCGCCGACAUGCAGCAUCCCGCCUUGGUGGCCGCCUUCCUGGCAUCUUCCUGGACUUUGUGCAGCGCAGCUGGCGACUGGUGCUAUCAGUCGCAGUUCACCUGUGAGCGUCAAUGUAACGCGCCGGAAAAGUGGAACCGCGCCGACGGCGCCUGUGCUGGAAAGUCCCAAUCGCCCAUCAACGUUGUCACCAGAAAGACUUUGAAAGACGAGCGUCUGACUCCCUUCGACUUCGCCGACUACCAGCAGAUCUUCCGAGGAACCGUGAAGAAUAACGGCCACUCGGUUCAAGUGGGAGUUCCUCACCUGUGCACCGUCUCGGGCGGAGGUCUGCCGAGCACCUACAAGGCCGUCCAGUUCCACCUGCACUGGGGCAACAAUGGCGGGCCGGGCUCUGAACACACCAUCGACGGGGAGCGCUAUCCCAUGGAGCUGCACAUCGUGCACGUGAAGCAUCACUACAACGAUUUGAUGACGGCACUUGCGGAUCCAGAAGGAGUUGCGGUCCUGGGCUUUUUUUAUGAGAUGUCCAACAGCGCAAACCGAAAGUAUGACCCCGUUAUCAGCGCUCUGCGAAGCAUCGAACCCACAAGUCCAACUGCCUCUCUGCCUCCUACCUCCUUGGCACAGCUCAUUCCGCCUGAGCGCAACCUGACCACCUUUUACCGCUAUAACGGGUCUCUGACCACACCGGGCUGCACGGAGGCCGUGGUUUGGACCUUGUUCGAGAACCCCAUCCCUCUGAGCUUCGAACAGCUGCGGGCUUUCUCCGAGCUCAAGUUCCACGAUGGGAAGCCAAUGGUGGGGACCUUCAGGCCGGUGCAGCCCCUGAAUGGCCGACCGGUGUUCCGAUCCGGAGGUGCGGCGGUCUCGGUCGGCUCCGGCCUCCUCGCGGCCGCCCUGGCUACGGCCGCGGGACUGUCCCGGCUCAAUUAAGAGCGAAGCGCCCGUGCUGCACUGCGACACUCAUGAACAUUGAACGUCAUUCCUGGUUUUGCGACACCGUCGCCGCAUGGUCUCCGAAAUGGUUACAGUGCAUGCAUGACUCACCGGGUGGCCCCACUCCCCUUUAUCGCACGCGUGACGAGGGUCUUAAAAGAACACCUUGGAGGUGUAUCAGGGUUGAUCAGCAUUGCGCUGCGCGCAUAGCGAAUCAGUAGGUCGUACAUCCGCCUCAUGAAUAUGUCAUGAAGUACUCGGUGACCAGUGCAGUCAGACCCCUGCCCUGAUGUUUCGCAGCGUCAUCAAAAACACACACGACCCAAACGCAUCCUCAUGCACUUUGAAGUUCAUCCACCUUGAGCAAUGUCAAGCAAAUCUGGUCUCCGCUAAUGUCAGCGUGAGCGGCCGGCACGUGACGCCUCGCUCUCUCUCAAUGGCGCGUGAGAACAGCACAGAGCUAUUAAUAGCACGACUGAGUCAUAAAAACAAAGCUCGGUUUCAAAGCCGGCGGUCGAAGUAGUCAGUACUUUGCCUUAUUUUCCCUCCGAUCUCAAAGUCCUUGCCGGCGGAGAGAGAGGCGGGCGGGUAUCGGCCGUCUUCGCCGUCCAUGUGACCCGGUGUCAACGCCGGGGCUCUCUGAGGAACGACGUCGCGGUGGGGAGAGCGCAACGCAAUUCACUUAACGCUCCCGCUCCCGCCGCCAAACGAUCGGAAGUUGCACGUCUGCGCGAUUGCCGCUUGAGGCCGCGCAAUCCAAAUUCACACACGCGCUGUCCGCCCCUCAAGCGUCCCGCGUCUCGUUUCCGACUGCAACCGGGUCCGUCGGCCGCAGAGUUUGACGCGCCGAAUGCUACUGACGGAAUGACAUCCUACGGACUCCUCUAAACGCUUUACGUGUGUUCUGACGGGAGACGGGACCGAUUUGUCGUGACGGCCAAGGACGCUGUAUAUUUUUUCCCCCCCAUAGUUUCGUGAUGCAUUAGCGUAUAUAUUUCUAUGCCGCUCUAAUGCACACGAUCCACGUGUGUUUUAUGCAUCGAAUGUGUCUAUUGAUAUGAGCUGCACCGACCGGCACGGUAUUAUUUAUGUACUGUCAUAUAUAUCGAGUUGUACGCUUUUUCAGGAUGGCAACUUGUGAAAUGCGUCAUAGGUGAUAUAAAGAACGUCAUGCUGUUGAACAAUAAAGGACACGGCUUUGUA